AUGUCGAACCGUUCCGAAAGAGUAGCAGAGGAUAGAUAUGAGAGAGACAAUGAUUCUUCGCCCGUGACCGGAACGUUCGCCGAUGAUACCUAUGCCCAGGAGACCGAUCCAAGCUUGAGAGAUAAAGUCCCUGUUCAGGGAGAUGAUCAACAAAUUGAAGAUCCGAUGCAACCUCCUUAUUCCAAUUCAGAUCAGCAGCUUGAGGAUGACGAAAAUGAAGCGAUCAAUAAGUCCAAUAUUUUGAGGGGCGAUCGUCUCCGUCAUGCAAAGCCUAGAACCUCGAACAAAUACAACGAGGGGCCAGAUGAAAAUGACAUGCCGACUCAAGAUUGA